AUGAGAGCAACAUCGGAGGCGUCGGAGGAACGAUCUUAUCCGGACUCCGGAGAGGCGGAGAGCAUCCAGAGAGAGAUUCUGAGAGAACAUGGAGAGAGACACAUAGGAGUUGUCGAAAGGAGAAAUAACAUGGGUCUUGGCUCUAACUCCGACCUUAAACCCAACCAACUCUACCUCCUUCGUCUGCGACCUCCAAUAUCCGACCCCCGACGGCGGCCGCCCUUCCCUUGUCUUCGGCCUCCAACCAUUAGCAAUGGCGACGACGCUCUUCUCUUCUCUCCUGCUUCCCUUCGCUUUCCAAGAGUUUCAGAAAUGUUCUCCGGCAGCCAAUUCGACGCCAACUCCGCCUUCGCCGGCGUAGGCUUCAUGUCUUCUCAGGCCACUCAAUACGGCGGUGAUUCCAAUUCCUUUGCAUCUAGGGAAUCGGCAAUCUCGAAUCUUAAGGAGUUACUGGCGGAUCCAGUGAUCGGUAACAACCCGAUUCUGAGGAUGGUCGCCAGGAAUGUGUUCAUGCAUGAGCAGGACUAUAAUGAAGCCUUCAAGUACACAUGCCGGCGGCAAUUUGGUACUGUGCAGAGAUGUGAUUCCUCGAAUAUAGGAGGUUGCCAUUCUACUGAGGCUUCAGACUUUGUACUUCUUGGACAACUUUAUAACUGAUGCCUUUGAUUCCACUGAAGUAGUUCUUGGAGACCAAUUCCAAAUUGAAGGAUCUAGAGAGUUGCAACUCAUCCUUUGAUUCCAUUUCAAGUAGGGUUGAGCAAGUAUUUGAUGGUGCUGAUGUACGUGAAAGCGAAAUUCCAUGGGAAGACCUGGUUAUUGGAGAAAGAAUUGGACUAAGUAUUGCAAAUUGCCUGGUCAGACUCCCCUAUUCUGUCUUUAAAACUGUCAGUGUUCAAUCCUAA